AUGAGUUCUUCAUCUUCUACUACAAGUACAACAUCAACACCUCAAACAUCUUCACAAUCAUCAACAACUACAUCUUCAAGCACAUCAAGAGAACAAUCACCGUCAACAAGAAAUUUCAGAGCUUUAUCACCAUUUAUUACACCAGAUAAGCAAUUGGAUAGAAAUAAAUAUAAUCAAUUCCUGAAAAAUAUGGAUGUAAUUGAAAUGCAUUACUAUUCUCAGUCAUUUAAAAAAUUGGCACCAAGAUAUGAUCACUCCAUUGUUGAACCAGCUCAGAAAAUGUUAAAUAAAAGACGCUACAGCAAAAUUGCAACAUACAUCUUCUUAGUUAUUAUUAUUUGCAUUAUAAUUUUUAAGAUUGAUAUAUAG